CCUUUCCGGAGAAACUGUUUUCUCUCCCUCCCUCUCCAACAAAGCUCUGUGUUUUUUUUUGUUGGGUUCGAGGCGCGUAAAAUAUCCAGCCUGUGCGUCAGAUCACCACACGCAGCAGCAGCAGCUCCACCUCCUCCUCCUCUCGAGCUCCGUUCUUCUUCGUCCCACGGACCCCUCCACUCGAUCUGCUCGUCGCUUCUUCUCUCCCUUCACUCGCUCUCUCGCCCUUCGGCACCAUGCCCCAGGUGGUCGUGAACUCGCAGGCGGUGACGUCCCGCCUGGGCGUCGUGCGCGUGCUCCAGGUGGCUUUCACCUGCGUCGCAUUCAGCCUCGUGGCGCACAGCGGAGGCAAGGCGCACUCGUACGGCGACUUCUGCAUGUUCGCCUGGUGCGCAUGCUUCGCCUGCUCCCUCUUUAUGCUUCUCCUCGAGCUGUUCGACCAGCGAAGCUGCGCGCAGAUCUCCUGGCAGAACCUGACGGUCACGUACGCCAUGCUGGCCGCGCUGCUGCUGCUGUCCGCCUCCGUGCUGCAUCCCGUCUACCGGCUGCGCAGGAUCUCGUGCGGCAACUGCGAGCAGCGCACCUUCACCAUCGUGGCGACCGUCUUCUCGUGCCUCGCGUUCCUCGCCUACGCCGCAGAGGUGGCCCUGACGCGGGCACGCCCCGGGGAGGUCACGGGCUACAUGGCCAGCGUGCCCGGCUUGCUCAAGGUGCUGGAGGCGUUCGUGGCGUGCCUCAUCUUCGUGGUGCUGGCAGAUCGCCCGGGGCUGUACUCGCGCUACCCGGCGCUGCAGUGGUGCCUGGCCGUGUACUGCGUCUGCUUCGUGCUGGUGGCGGUCGUCAUCCUGCUCACCGUGUGCCAGAGCACGGGCCGACUCUGCCUGCCCUUCGACCGCUUCCUGGCCCUGUGUGGCUUUGUAGCCGUGCUGGGCUACGUGACGGCCGCGGUGCUGUGGCCCGUCUACUGCUUCUCCGACAAAGACGGCCACCCUCGCCGCACGCCCGACUGCCGAUUCGUGGGCGGCUGCGACUGGGACAUGCAGCUGGCGGUGACUGUGUUCACCUACGUGAACCUGCUGGCCUACGUGGCCGAUAUGGUCUACUCAAGCCGCCUGGUCAUCUUCAGCCGCUCCUGAUGGAGGGGAGAGGGUGGCAGGGUGGGAUGGGGUGGGCGGGCUGGAGGGGCUGGGUGUGGUAGGAGUCCGAGGUCAGGAUUGGAAGUGGUUUUGGUGGUGGUGGGGGGGUGGUGGCAAAUAUGGAAGAUGGAAACCAGCUGUUGGAGCCAAGGGAGCCUCUUGGGCAAAUGUCGUCACGGCUGGGUGUGGUGGUGAUGCAGGGGUCUGCGUUCAAGCCGCCUCCGUUGAACGAAUACGUUUCUCUUGAAUUAAAACAAAAUAUAGCGCGUUUACAUUUAAUGGGAAUUCCACGCAAGUGUAGUGCUUAGAGGCAGAGUUCAGGCGUGCAAAUGUUAACGUUUGUAUGUGCUGGUCUGCUCGUUACUCAUUUAAUCCGUAAGAAUAUGAAAGUUUUUUUUUUUGUAAACGAAUGGCAGUCGUGAACAAGCGCACGUAAAUAAACUCCACAAUUUGUCAUCAAAAUCUAUAAUCAGCUUAAAGUUUCAGAAAAUGUCCCUUGGAAGAAGAAAAUCCAGUCGAGGGGGGAGGAGGGUGGUCUGUGUUUUUGGUCUAGGGAAGAGAGAUGGGUUUUUGGGUUGGAGUUCGGGUUGGAGUAGCUCAGAGGCGUUCAUAGUGGAGCCCCAUCCAUAGUCAGGGAGCACGUGACCACCUCAUCCUUCAUUGCCCACUGCUACAAGAAGAUCGUUAUGUGUUCGCUUAGAUUGCAGGAAGGCCCGUAUGUGUCCCGUUAGGUUGUAGAAAGGCUAAAAUGUGUCCCGUUAGUCCAUAUGAAGGCCGAAAUGUGUCCCGCUCGAUUGUAGGAAGGUCGGUAUGUGUUCCGUUAGGUUGUAGGAAGGCCAAAAUGUGUCCCGUUAGUCCAUAGGAAGGCCAAAAUGUGUCCCGUUAGGUUGCAGGAAGGUCGGUAUGUGUUCCGUUAGGUUGCAGGAAGGCCGAAAUGUCUCCCGCUAGUCCAUAGGAAGGCCGAAAUGUGUCCCGUUAGGUUGCAGGAAGGUCGGUAUGUGUCCCGUUAGUUGGGCGUGGUGGAAGUCCGGCCAUACUUUUCGGCUGACAAGGACCUUGAAAAUGCCGAGGAUGCUGAGCAGGCCACUCCCUUCCUCGUUCUGUAAAUUGCCUGCUUCGCCUCAUCAAAGUUUACCAGCCCAUCACUGUAUUAACCACAAAUUCAUAUAGCCACAUUCUCCACCCACCCACCACCCAUGCUGCAGUUUAACACGAAGUAGGAUUUCGCAACCAACAGUUGUUUUGGGUUAGAUCGCGUAAAUAUAUAAAUGUGUCGUUAAACCCGUCACCACCCGACACAGCCAACUAGUGAGGUUUGUCACGUAAACAGAACAGGCGGAAUUUGUCCACAAAUCUAGCUGUCGCCUGAUGAAGCUGGUUGUAAUUACUGGCGAAACGUCGUACUAAGAUUGUAAAUGUUGUGCCUUGGCUCUCCAACAUACAACCGGUGGUGCUGUACUAGUGACGAAUUGGCCACGUUCUGUUUGUGUGACAACCCUUACUAGUUGGCUGCAUCGGGUGGUGGCGGGUUUAACGACACAACAUUUAUAUAUUUACGUGAUCUGACCCAAAAAAAACAACCUGUGUUAUGGACCCUCGCUGUACCCGGCUAUUGAGCUCAACAACCCAUAGCUGUGAUGUCACCACAGAGGUACAAACACCGUGCCUCCCAUCAGCAGCAGCAGCAUCAAUUACUGCGAAUAAAUUCUAGAUUUGAAGCUUUCGUGACUGCAAGGAUUCAUAUUCUUAGGUUUUUUUUCGGUAAAGUCACGUAGGUAAAA